CGGCUUAACGAACGCUAUCUUCAAUAGACGGGUAGUCGUCACUGCUACUGCCCAUUUUGUGCACAUCCAGCAAGCAGCCGGCUUUCCAAUUUACCCCUGUACAAUUCGUAUCACCCUAGCUGUUCUCCUCAUUUUAUAAUCUCUCAUUCAAUCGCAUGGGCGUAUGAUUCCAAAACCCUUGAACAGGACGCCCUGCAUGUGUCUGCCUGUAGCAACUGCAUUCUUACCAACAGUAAUAUUCCUCACCCUACUCCAUAGUUCAUUGUUCUCCCUUUCCCUUCCCAAUCCCAUCUCUCACAUGCAAUCCUCUCUUCAUUGUAUAACGAUAUCUUGGACCCCUUUCAUUCACCGCGUAUACUCUUCAUCCGGAGACAGCUGUUUAAGCUUGGCGCGAACCCGCCUUCUUUUAGGAUUUUCCUGGUGUCCAUUUACCAUUCAAGGCAAUUUCCGUUUUCGAAAACCAAUAACGACUGAAUUUGCGCAUCUCCAGCCCGAAAGAAACAUCCUCAGUACGGCACAGAACGAGUGCAUCGACAGAGAGCGCCUCAGCCGAGCCGCUCAAUGCUCUCAAAUGUAAUGAUCUUUUUGGUGUCCCAGACGAUGAACAAUUAUCCCCACACACGCCUGUACGCACACCUCUCUCCACCUCCUUUCGUCUCUGACACUGGAUUUUAACAUUUCUCGUGGCAUGCCGUUUGCCAAUUCCCGUAUUCCUCCCA